AUGAAGCAUGCGAAAUACCACGAGAUCCUGCUGCUCCCUGGAGUAAACACAAAUUCCUACCGUCGCACCAGCUCCCUGCCUCUACUGGCCCUUCCUGGGGUGACACCGAGCAGUGAGGACCAUCCAGAUAACCAGCUUACAAAUGAAAAACACACAGAUGAAAAGCCUAUGAAAGGUAUUGUUAUGAGUUCUGUGGCAGAAUUCAGCAUCACAGACGCUUCAUCAAAGGGUACCAAAAAUGAGAAGAAAUUGUCAGAUGCAAGCAGAUCAUCCAUUGCUUCCCUGGAGAAAUGCAGAGAAUUCACUUACAUUGAAGAUGAUGCCUCAGUACAUCAGAGAGACAGUGACGAUGAAUGUGCAACGCUUAUCCUGGCCUGCUUGUUCUGCCAGUUUUGGGACUUUCUAAUAAUGCUGCCUGAUACCUGUGAACAUUGGCUGACAGAUACCUGUUGUCCAUCCAAUAGAUAUUACCAGACCUCCGACGAAGACCACGGCAACAACGACUGCAACUGUGACUGUGACAUUGAUUGCAGCCUCUUUGAGUCCUGCCACGAGACUGGGGAGUGCCUGGAACUCGCCAUGGAGAUUUCAGAAGUCUGUUACCGUUAA